AUGUGGCAGCUUGAGCUGCAGCUCUGGCUUAGCGUUGUACCACCACCGGCAGUCAAAAACAAGAUUAUUUCUGCACCACCUGCACCUGACAAUGGUCAUUUACCUAGUCCUGAAACCGUCAUAUCUGCCCCUAAGUCACCCCCAGCAAAUCAGACCAUCUAUGAUGAUGAGGAACGAUUGGCUAAAUGCAAGAAUCUUAUAGAAAUCAUCCAAGGUGAUGAUCGGGAGGAGGAAACCGUAUUCACCGGAAUCACAGAUGAUGAACAUGCAUAUAUCAUGCAGUUCAUUGAAGAAGAUGAUGAGACUCAAGGAAGAUUUGUUUAUCACCCAGACUCGGAGACGUUCAUAGUGACACUGCCAAGCCAGGCUCACGAGCAACCCAUCACACAAAUCAACUUCGCUUUUCAAACGGCUAUUACAUCAAUCGGCCAUGACAACGCACUUGUCCAAGUCCACGCGCAUACAAACAGCCGCUUUUUGGGUGACAGUAUCCACGCGGACCCUGAUAUUCACAUCAUCUGCACACCAUUCGUUGAUAUUGGGGUACCGAACAAGUCUAUCUCCCUCUGGAUUUUGGAGAACUGCUUGUCCCAGAUGGAAAGCACAGGUCGAGACAAGAUACGUCGCAUCAUCACCGAUGAAAAUUGGACACCCCUGAGGACGCGAUCCAACCAGUUUGGCCCUGUCAUAUCUGAGGGGCACAGCUGGGUUGAACUCUUGAAGAUCGAGUUUCAUACAUGGAUUCGCCCAGAAGACAGUACAAUCGAUCUUGAGAAUGAUGACCCUUCCGUGUAUUCUAAAGGGAGUCUGUUCCCCAUUGAGAACACCAAAGAUAUGGAUGCAAUGGUCGGUCAAGGCAUAGCAAAGAUACAAGACGUAAUACUCCACUACCUCAUCUUACUCGAUCCAGAAGGCGACCAUGAUGAUGUGAUCAGAUGGAAGGAGAUCAAGGCGUCAUUAGUAACCACAGUGUGGGCAACUGCAUAUAACCGCUAUAAGCUCUGGCACCAUAGUCUCCUGAAGCGCAAGGCAGAAGGGGCUGAUGAUAGGGAACGGUGCCCAGCGGGCAGCAUUGUACCUAAGCCCACAUGGGUGCCACCUGCAUCUCAGGAUGCACCCACACUCAACAUCAACAUCAACCAGGCUGAUGACUUGGAAUCGUUUAACCUUGAUGUAUCUGAAUCCAGUGACGACACUGACCCAGCACCUCCAGUACAUAAAGCCAACAAGAAGACGAAGAAAGGGCUGGCACCCGCCAGCAUACCUCUGGAUUUUGAUGCACCACCAGAUCCUCUCCUUCAAAUGCAGGCAUCUCAAAAAACUGCAACAUCCGAUGACGUUAACUAUUUCUUUCGAAAGCAAAAGGACAAAGACACUAUUUGUGUCAUUUGCGAGUAA